AGCUGAGGCAGCGUGAGGAGAUGGCGGCCCGCGGUACCGCGAGGCGGGGGGCUGGCGCGGGGGCUGCCCGCGGGUCGGACCCGCAGGAGGAGCCGCCGCCCCCGCUGCAGGCCGUGCUGGUCGCCGACAGCUUCAACCGCCGCUUCUUCCCUAUCUCCAAGGACCGACCACGGGCUCUUUUACCUAUGGCAAAUGUGGCCAUGAUUGACUACACUUUGGAGUUCCUAACAGCAACUGGAGUGGAGGAAACCUUUGUCUUCUGCUGUUGGAAGUCAGCUGAAAUAAAAGAGCAUUUACAAAAGUCCAAGUGGUGUCGCCACACCUCGCCCAACACGGUGCGCUUUGUGACUUCUGACCUGUACCGCUCCCUUGGCGACGUGCUGCGAGAUGUCGAUGCCAAGUCCCUUGUUCGUUCUGACUUCAUUCUCGUCACUGGAGAUGUUGUCUCCAAUUUCAAUAUUUCCAGAGCCCUGGAAGAGCACAAGUUGCGUCGUAAGAUGGAGAAGAAUGUUUCUGUGAUGACAAUGAUAUUCAAGGAGUCCUCCCCUGGUCACCAUGCCAGGUGCAAAGAGGACGACAUUAUUAUUGCUAUGGACAGUGCCACAAACCGUGUCCUUCACUACCAGAGAACCCAGGGGCUGAAACGCUUCCGCUUUCCUAUGAGUUUGUUCCAGAGCAAUAUCGAGAACGUUGAGGUGCGCCAUGACUUGCUGGAUUGUCAUAUCAGCAUCUGCUCUCCUCAGGUGGCUGAGCUGUUCACAGACAAUUUUGACUACCAGACACGGGAUGACUUUGUGCGUGGCCUCUUGGUAAAUGAGGAGGUCCUGGGGAACCAGAUCCACAUGCACGUAACGACAGAAGAGUAUGGUGCCCACAUAUGCAACCUGCUCAUGUACGAAGCUGUGUGCUCUGACAUCAUCCGGCGCUGGGUUUACCCUCUGACUCCAGAGAUGAACUUCACUGAUGACAAGAAUCAGAGUUACACCCACUCUAAACACAACAUCUAUCGAGGGGUGGACGUCAGCCUCGGCCACGGCAGUGUGCUGCGGGAGAACGUGCUCAUCGGGCAGGGCACCGUCAUCGGCAGCAACUGCUCCAUAACCAACAGCAUCAUUGGGCAGAACUGCCGGAUAGGUGAUAAAGUCACUUUGGAUGGAGCUUUUCUCUGGGACAGAGUACACAUAGCAGAUAAUGUGGAGAUCUGCCAUUCUGUUGUCUGUGAUGAAGCUGAAGUGAAGGAGGAAGUAAAGCUAAGGCCCCACUGUGUCCUCUCUUCUCAGGUGGUAGUGGGUCCUGGCAUCAUUCUUUCUGAGGGCACAGUGAUCUCUCUGCACCCACCAGAUGAGGAGGAAGAGGAUGAUGACCAGUUCAGUGAUGAUUCUGGUGUGAACAAGGAGGAAAGCAAAGUGAAGCUGAAAGGUUACAAUAAAAAGGAUGUAGGCUCAGAGGGCAGAGGCUACCUCUGGAAAGCAGAUGACAAGAAUGAAGAGGAUGAAGAGCAGAGACAAAGCCUAUGGGGCCCAGCUAUACAUUCAGAGGAAGAGAGCGAGUCAGACAGCGACCUGAGCAUGGGCUCUGAGGAGCCAGACAGUCGGGCAGCAUCCCCUCAGCUGGAUGACAUCAAAGUUUUCCAGAAUGAGGUUCUGGGUACAUUACAGAGGGGUGAAGAAGAAAACAUUUCCUGUGACAACUUGGUUCUGGAAAUCAAUUCCCUCAAGUAUGCAUAUAACAUUGGCCUGAAGGAGAUGAUGCAGGUGCUCAGUAAAGUGAUCCUGGAGUUCCCUCUACAGCAGCUGGAUGCAAACUUGGACUCCCAGAGCUAUUUCUCAGCGUUACUUCCUCUGUUGAAGAACUGGACCCCGUUGUUUAAGAACUACAUAAAACGGGUGUCAGAUCACUUGAAUGCCUUAUUUGCCAUUGAGGAAUUCUUCCUGGAACAUGACAUUCUCUGCACAUCCAUAGCUAAAGUGUUGAUGACAUUUUACCAGCUGGAAAUUCUGGAAGAAGAUGCAAUUCUCAAGUGGUUCUCUUUGCGGGACACAUCUGACAAGGGAAAGCAGCUUCGUAAAAACCAGCAGCUCCAGAAGUUUAUCCAGUGGCUGGAAGAAGCAGAGGAAGAGUCGUCUGAUGGCGACCAAGACUGACAUGGUGGCUCAGGAUGAGAAGAGGCGCUCUCACUGUCUUUCUGGGCCAAGUGGGCAGGGCAAGAUCAAUGCCAGUGCGUGGUGUAGAUGUGGGGCCUGACAGCAAAGUGACAAUCCCGUCGUUCAUUACAUUGUGUUCCCAACUUUGCCACUUUCCUCCCUCCCUCAUUUGCCCAGUGGCGCCUUAUGUUGGAUGGUUGCAGCCCAGUGUAAAAACCAUAAGGUGGUGAUACCUAGAAUCCCUCUGGAGCCUGGAUGUGAUAUACUAUAAGCUAUAAACUAUCUUUUGGGAGGUCCUUGUUACUAACACAAAGGGAGCAAAUGGAUGCAAAUGCAUACAAUAGAUAUAACCAUGGGGGUUGUGGAAGAUGGUCAUACAGCAAAGUUAUUCAGAGUUGUUGCUUCUGGAGCUAAAAGAAAUCCUGCUGAAGAGACACUGGCAAGGUUGGUGAGUAGGAGCAUGUGGAUUAGGAUCUGGAGGGCAAGACUGGAAUUCAGGAGUUCCUGUGCCUGGAGAAGAUGCAUUUGUCUGAGGAUGCCCAAGGCAUUUUGCAGCCUAGAAGGCACUUCUGUGAUCUUUCCAAAAGGGAAAAUCUCUUGCCAUCUGCUGUGCUAGGAUCUAACACAAGGUUGCACAGCAGAGUUGGUAAAACCAUGUGCUUCCCCCUCCUGUAGAGCAGGGGGUGAUAUAUGCUUGGUUCCCCUGCGGGGGGUUAGCUUAUAGUGGAUGUGCACUGGCCAGUGAAGUGCUGUAUGAAUCACUACAUCUCAGAUGUGGUCUGUUUAACAGACAUGUUUUGGGAAAGUGUCUGUUUCUUUCUGCUUGUACAAAAAGGGAGCAGAGGUGCCUGGCUCCUCCUCCUGCACUAGCUGCUCUGGUGUUUUGCACUGGCAGCAGGCACUGCACCAGCUGCUUUAAGGAGGAUGCAAGUUCCUAGGUUCUGCUUCAGUGUGAGAAAGACUGAAUGGUAUUUCCUUCAACAGCACGUGCUUUGUGUUUCCACGUGACUUCAGUUAUACAAGCUUACUUCAUGUCCUUUUAUUUGAAAGCUUCCUUUCCCUCAGACAGCAGGGAAAGUGCUGCAAACCCACUGUGAAGUUCAGCAGCCACAGCACAACUCAGCAUGCGGUGGAGAAGGAGCGUGCCUCUGGCACUUUGUUGCCAGCACAGACAAUGUGUGGCAGCAGCAAGGCCUCCAAAAACAGCUUUCUUGAAAGUGUCACUGCCCUGUGUUCAUCCCUGCUCUCAAAGAACAGAGCAAAAGGCACAGCAAGAAUCAACUUGUCUUCAUGGGUGGGUUAUUUGUUGGAUGUGCUGACCUUGCCUCUGCCACUUCAGGAGGAUAGAUUUAAUCCUUUUUGGGGGGGGAAAUGCACUGGAGCUGCCCACUCAGGAUAUUUACUUGGCCAUUCUAUGGUGCCACAAUUGUCAGUGAGGGGACAACGUGGGAUGCUGGAGACCAAGGAUACUGCCUCUUACAUAAAACUGAAGUUCAGGCCGGGCAAUCUUGUGCACUCACACUAUCAGUUGCCAGGGUUGUGCAUAAAUGUGCUUGUUUUCUGACACUGCAAACUCAGUCUUGUAAAUGUUGGGGAAGUAGUGGGUAUCUGAAUUUUCUGUAUCUGCCAAUAUUUAAUUCAGGGAGCAAAUAAAAACUAUCCUGGUGUU